CAAAAACUAUUCGAUAUAACCAGAAUGGUUUCGCAACUUCACUUCUGUCCUCUCAAUAAGCAAGACGAAACAACCCCCCCAUCACAGUUGUUCCUCCUCCUCAUACUGCUCCUCAUGCUCCUCCUCCCACUCCUCCUCUUCCUCAUCCCCGUCCUCACUCUCCCCACUCUCAUCAUCAUCAUCAUCAUCAUCCUCCUCAAGCACACUCCGGAACCUCCAUCUCGCCUCAAAAACCCUCUCCCCUUCCUCCUCCCUUUCUUCAACACCAACCUCAUCCUCCAGCGCCUCCAACAAACCCCUCCCCGCAUCCUCUAGCGCCUCAACUCUCUCCUUUAGCAUCUCAACCUCGAUUUCUCUCUCGAAUCUCUCCUUCUUUAGUUGGUCGAUAAUCGCUUUACUGCGACGAUCAGGAUUCGAUAGCAGAAUCGAGUGUUUUUUAAUCAGGGACUUAUACAUCCCUUUGAGCUGGCGGAAUCUCGAUUCCGACACCGACAUCAUGCGAUUUUCUCUUUUGAGGAGGCGGUUUCGGAUGGAGGAUGCUUCGAGUUGGGAUGUGAGGGUCUCCACUGUUUCCGUUGAAGUUGUGGUGGUGGAGACUGAGGUUGUAGAGAUUGCGCGUCGCAGCGGGACUAUGUCUUAGGAGUCCAGAGUGGCGGCAUGGUUUCCUCGGUCUGGAGAGGGGAUGCUGGGUCGAGGGGUAGGAGGGGAUUCCCUCGGUGUGGGGUUGGCUUGUUCGGGGGAUUUGAAAGCCGGGAAGGAGAAGAGUUUGGGUUCUUCUGUCGAUGGUGAUGGAGGCUGAGGGGGAGGUUGGUCCCCCGAAAACAGGGAAAAACUUCGGCUCUUCAGGAUCCGCAUCUGGCAUCGAUAGUGCAUACACGGUUGACGGAAGUGUUGUCCUUGAUCCUUGGGUGUGGAUCGGUAUGGGAACGAAUGCCGGCUGGGAGAUCUCGAAAGGUUCCACGUUGUUGACAGAGCUCAUUUUGGAAGAUAUUAUGUGGUUGGUUGUGUGAAAGUUUGAGCUCUUUGUGUAUUUGAGUUGUGAAGGGAUGGAUUGAAGUAUAAAGCAACAAUUGGGAUAUCUUUUGUAGCAAUGUUUAC